UCCGCUCCAUCUCGCAGUCACGUGCGGUGAUGCGCUUGAGUGGCAGGAAGUGCCGCGAUGGGUCACGUGACGAGUCUUAUGUACACAGCGGCUCUGUGAUGAAGGAAUGUGUGUAGUGGGGAGGACCGCAUCUGCCUCAGGAAAUGAUGCAAGUAUCGACAAAAUUUUACCACUAACAUAAAGUAGAAUAUGUCACGAAAAACAAUCUCAGAAUCAGAAUGAAAGGUAAUGUUACGUCUCCUGAUGUAUCCAAUCCAGACAAUGUGCAAUAAGAAGAUGCUCGUGUACAAGUAGGAGGACUUUCCUGGAGGAUGGCUGCUCAUCGUGAUCUGAUGGAUGCCCUGAGCAGCUUUGACUACUCUUCAUGGAACACCUGUCUGGUUCUGAUGAUAGGAGGAUUUCUAUUCUAUUUGGCCAUUUUUGCAUUCAGUCAUCUUGUAUCUAUAGUGUUUUAUGCUACUUAUAGGUCACUCCCAGCCAAAGAGAAAGUAUUUUGGAAUCUUGCAGCUACACGGGCAGUCUUUGGAGUUCAGUGCAUUGUGGCUGGGUUAACCGCACUACUAUUUGACCCAGUUCUCCUUGCAGAUCAGAUCACUGGUCAGCAGGGGUGGGCUUUUUUUACCAUAAUAAUAGCAACUGGAUUUUUUCUAUUUGAAAACCUUGCUCUUCACACAUCUAAUUUUGUGUUCUGGUCUUUUGAUAUCUUUUUGGCUGUCCACCACUUUUUUGCUUUUAUAGGAUAUUUGGGUGCAGUGAUCUGCAGCACAGCGGGACAUUAUUUGCCAAUGGUUACACUAUUACUAGAGAUGAGUACUCCAUUCACCUGUAUUUCAUGGAUGCUGUUAAAGGCGGGUUGGUCACAAACGUUAUUUUGGAAGGUAAAUCAAUGGAUUAUGAUUCACAUGUUCCAUUGCCGCAUGGUCCUUACCUAUCACUUAUGGUGGGUAACUCUUUACAACUGGGAUCGCCUAGUAAGAUCUGUCACGGUGCUAUAUGUAGCCUUCUUCCUUGUUGGUUUGACUUUGAUUACUCUUAUACUGAACCCAUAUUGGACUUAUAAAAAGACCCAGCAGCUCCUCGCCCCAGUUGACUGGAACUUUGACUCCACAUCCAAAAAUUCUUCAUGGGAAGGAAAUGAUGGAAUUGGCAUUAAGAAAAAUGAAUAGUAUAUCUAUAUGAGGGCCACAGUUCUUGUGGAAGAAUUGUGAUGUGUUUUUAAAGGGGUACAAACUGUUCCAAACGCUGGAGCCGGGAGCUCAUGACGUCAUAGCCCCACCCCCUCAAUGCAAGUCUAUGGGAGGGGGCGUGACAGCCGUCACGCCCCUCCCAUAGACUUGCAUUGCGGGGGAGGGGCUAUGACAUCGCGAGCUGCCAGCUCCAACGUUCGGAACAGUUUGUUCUAAACGCUGAGCAGCGGAGUACCACUUUAAUGCAGAUUUAAAAUCCCUCUGCAGGUUGGAACAGGACUGUUACCAAAGAUCAAUCCUUCUGAGUUUACGUGCUUUUAUUUAAUAUUCAUUUAACGUAGACAUAGAAUUAUCUUAAUCUUUUGUUAAUAGAUUUAAUUACAAAACUAUUUCACCAGGAAUUGGGAAUUGUACUGCAUGGUCUGUACUCUGUAUAAUUUCUGCAGCUAGGUCCCAUUUCUUUUUCGUGUCUUCAUUGGGAAACAGCUUUCUUCAGGGCCCAUACUUAGCAUUUAUGGGGGUUUUUUAAUUUGAUUUUAGUCAUAUUGUAAUCGUAUUAUUUAAUACAAUAUGAGAAUAUGUUUUUUCCCACUUUGGUUUUUCCUGUUUGUGUUACAAGCAUCCCAAGUGUAAACUGAUCAAGUGUUGUCCUGCUUGUACGACUGCUGCCAAUAAGCUGUAAAUUCUAGGGGGACCACAAAUUAGCACACAAGUGAGUUUCUGUUCAAAAAAAUUGGACAACCCAUGUUGUGUACCGAAAUGCUAGAUACUCCAGAAUAUUAUUCCUGUUUUUUGUCUGGACAAAUGAGUGUAGCAGAGGUAAACUGCAUAAGGCUGGGUUCACACUACGAUUUGAACUACGGUUCCCGUAUACGGCUGGGAGGAGGGGUGGGCGGGGCUUAAUCGCGGCGCCCGCACUCAGCCGUAUAGGGAACCGUAGUUAAUGUAUGUCUGUGAGCCGACCGGAGUGAACCGCAGCCUCCGGUUGGCUGCUUUUUCGGCCGUAUGCGGUUUCCCAACCGCAGGCAAAAAACGUGUAAAAGGCCCAUACCUCAUUUGUUUUCUUUACAUACAACUAACACACUGGGAAAGCUUAUGUCAAAGUGUCCUUUUGGUAUUCUUUAAUUUAGAAUAUAUUUCCUAUACAGUGACAUAUGUUAAAUAUUAUUGAGGAAUACCCCGGACAGAAGCAAAAAUAAAAGGCAUGGGCAGACUGUUUUGAGUAUGUUGAUACUUUACAUACAUUUCUGCAACAAAUCUGCCAUGUGUAAAUUUACCUUCUAGUUGGCGCACUGUACAGUUCUGUCAUUGUUCUUAAUAACAAGUCAUAUGUUAUGAAUACUGAGUAUUUCUUGUGUUUAUAACUCUCUAUUUGAGGAAGGUAUUACUACAUUCCUAGUAUGUCAGAUGCCUACAAUCUAGUAGUAUUAAAGAUGUAUCCAAUGUGGAUAGACACAUUCUCUUCUUGAACUGUAUUAUAUCUUUUAAAGGAGUACUUACAUGCUCAACUUUUGGAAAAAACUGUUCUCAACGCUGGAGCCGGCGCCGGGAGCUCGUGAUGUCAUAGCCCCCUCCCAUAGACUUGCAUUGAGGGGGCGGGGCGUAAUGUCAUGAGGGGGCGGGGCUAUGACGUCACGAGUUCCUGGCUCCAGUGUAUGGAACAGUUUCAAAGGCUGACCAGUGGAGUACCACUUUAAUAACCACUCAGGACUGAAGAUGCAAUAAUAUUUAAAAAUGCUAAACUUUUUACAGAAACGGUAUUAAACAUAGUAUAGCCCCAUAAAUUUAGUGCUGUAGUUUGGCUUCCUCUUGAAGGAUUUGUUCUAUCCACAUAACCUAUGUUUAUUUGCCCUGUUAAGGCACAUGGUAGUCAUGGUUGGGAGGUUAGCACCUUUCUGUUGCAGAAUUUCUGCUGCAGGAAUUUUGAUGUAAAUUGGCUAUAAAUUCAUGCAGAAUUCCAUGCAAAAAUUCUGGCGUGUGAACAUAGCCUUACUGUGCCUGAGAGAGGGAUAGUGCUUUAAAGGGAAACUGACCGGCUGCUCACCCACACUAAACUCAAUAUACUGGGGUCAUAGUGGGAGAUUUAUCAAAAACCUGUCCAGAGGAAAAGUUGCCCAUAACAACCGAUCAGAUCUCUACUUUCAUUUUUUACAGGUCUCUUAAAAAAUGAAAGAAGCAAUCUGGUUGCCAUGAGCAACUGCACCACUGUCCCUCUGUACAGUUUUUUAUACAUUUUCCUCAUAGUGCCGAUGAAAAGCUUUAAAAACAUUGGUCACUUAGAUAAACAGCCAGAACUCUGAUACAACACCAAGGAAUAAUAAGCCAGUAUAUUGGGAUACGGGUCUAUUCACAUGUACAGUAUCCUGCGCAUAUUUGAUGUGUAACGAUUUGAAGUUGUCAUUUAUUUCACAUUGAAAUCUGCAGCAGCAAAUCUUGUGCAUCAAAUCCUGCGUUUCAAAUCUGUGCAGAAUACUGUACGUGUGACAACACCAUUGAUUUGAGCCAGAAUAAACCAACUAAUAGGUGUGUAAACUAACACUAGAUGCACUCUGAUAAAUAGAGAGGAGCAAAGUUACAGUGAUUUGAUUCGUCACAAACUUCUCGGCUCGGCAGUUGCUGACUUUAGCCUGCAUAAAUUAGUUCAGCUUUCGAAGCUCCGGUGGGCUGGAAAAGGUAGGGGAGAGUCUCCCACCGGAGCACCUGAAAGCUAAACUAAUUUAUGCAGGCUAAAGUCAGCAACUGCCGAGCUGCAAGGUUCGUGACAAAUGGAAUCACUGUAACUUUGCUUAUCUCUACUGAUAAAUAUGUAACAUUUUUAGUCCAAGUCAUUGUUUAAAAAUUGGAGAGUUUUUGAGUAAAUCUGACCUAUUAAAGGAGUUCUCCGCCCCUAGACAUCUUAUCCAGGGGGUCCCGCACUGGGGACAACUCUGCUGCGGCACCCCGCUGUUAUCACUGCACAGAGCAAGCUAUGUG